AUGGGCCCCGAAGACGUUCAAUGGGUGUCUGACGUGCAAGCGAAGAAGGAUAAAGUGCGACGAGGGAAAGCCGACGUAUGCAUCAAAUCAAACAUCAAAUGUAAUGGAUAUGCUGCACCCAAGAUCAGGCUGUUUGAACCAGCAUCAGCAUCAGCAGCUUCAUCCUCGACACAGCCACCAGCGGCAGACACAGGACUUCUAUCUGGACAGGAGUCAGCAGUCCUCUACGACAGUCAAACGAAUUCCCGCCUCGAAUCUUAUCAUCAUCCUCAACAACUCUCCCUCGUCCCCAGAUUCGGCACGCAGGAAGAAUCUCAGUCCUUCCAAUUCUUCCUCGAAAAGACCUCUGACCUGAUCUCAGUAUACUCGCAGCCGUAUCUAUGGACGGUACUCCUGCCUCAAGCCACAUGGCACCAACCCUCUAUUAAACACUCUCUCAUUGCACUUGCCUCGCUACACCAAUACCUCACCACGGUCGGCCCAGCCUCACAAAGAGCAAAUCAGAACUUCGUGUUCCACUACAACAAUGCCAUCCGCGCCCUGGUGGCGGACAAGCCGUCCAUUGACAUUGUGCUGGCGGCAUGUGUCAUCUUUUGGGCGCUGGAGAACUUCAAUGGCGGUGGUCAAUCGGCCAUUGACCACAUGCAAGCUGCAAUCAAAAUCUUAGGGGAGUGGAAAAGUAAACGUCGACCAAACGACCCUGCAAAGGACUUUAUUACCAAAUACAUCGAGCCAACGAUUCGAGAUGGCGUCAAAUUCGCCUCGAAAUGCCGGGUUGAGGAGUUGGCGGGCCAGAUGAGCGCUCUUUCUCUGACAACACGCGACGUGAGGAUCAUGAACUUCGACUACCCUCAAUUUAACAACCUGGAGGACGCAGGAGACUAUCUGGGGGACUGCAUCAACAAGAUUCUAGUACUGAAAAGCCAGGCAAAGGCACCGCUCUCUCCAAGUCCCGACCUCAUCGAACAGAUGGAAGAGCUGGACGCCCGCCUCUACAAAUGGAUGAACUUGUUCCAGAACCUCACGGCUACGGGGCCCGUAUACAUCCGACGCAUGCUCGUGGUGCACAACGUCACGGCAAAUAUCCUGUUAGAUCAACUCAAGACACAAGCACAAUACAGCAGCACGACCGACGAAGAACAGGAACAGGAGGCGCGUCGCUGUCGAUUCGACUUCACAGUCAUUGAGGUCGAGGAUAUAUUGAGAUACGAUCCACUUGCCACAGUGGAGUCCCGCAGGAAGAAACCCCCGAGUCUAGGAUUCAUUCCACCCGCCUUCCUGGUGGCAACGACAGCGCCGAAACCAGAGACCAGGACAAGGGCGAUCAACUUGAUGAGGAUGUUGAAUGUGACCGAGGGGCCGUGGAGCACAGAGCACGCGGUGCAGAUUGCCGAAGGGAUGCUGGAGAUUGCCCGCGACUGUGCUGUUCCCAUCUCGGCAGUCGACCUGCGGCACAUGCACUUCGAGUUUGACGAAGGCCGCAGGGUGUUGAGUAUGAGAUGGGAGCCAGAGGACCGGGCUGUGCUGAAUGUGAGCAUGGUCAAGCGCAUCAAUGCUCAGAGUAUGAACUGGAGGGACUCGGAUAUGUGUUCAUUUAUCAGGAGAUUCGGCUACCAGUUCCCUUCCUCGGCUUUGAUGCAGUCUUCAUGA